AUGCCUAUCCUCACCGAGUUUACGCUAUUCCCCAAGCUUUGCGUUGAAUUAAGAGCAAGGAUUUGGAAUUUUGCUUCACAAGAACUUAACCAAAUUGUGUUUGACUCUUUCCGAACAUCUCAAAAGAGAAAUUAUCCUAAAGAAAAGGCCAGUAUCCCCAUUUCAGACAGAGACAAAAUACUCUGUGGCAGACACCCUAAUUAUCCUAAUAUUCACAGACUUUCGGCUGUCAACAGAGUCCCUGCUAUACUUAUGACUUGUCAUGAGUCUCGUUCUUGGGCCAUGAAGCACUAUAGCUUGUGCUUUGAGGAUCAGCUCUAUCACCAAGCUCUUUGGUUCAAUCCUAGAUUCGACACGAUCAUGUUUGCUGAUAUGACUGCUUGCUUCAGUUUUCUCUGGGGCGGCUGUUCUAGGGUUGGCCAUGGCCCUAUUCCAAUAAUUCAAAACAGUCUUGUUAUUCCAGUUGUGGAAAGAUUAGUUAUUCAAGAGUCUGUUCCCACAUCUUGGUACCGGAGGGCAAAGGAAAUGGCGCGAAGCUUCCCUCAUCUGAAGUCGCUCGUCAUCAGAACCGAUAAUAUUCCUUUUGAAUCCCAGUUUUUCUACAAAGGGCUUAAUUUAUCUGGUGAGAUAGCAUUAUUGCCAUCUUUCAGAUUUCGCGUGCAAAAAUUUUGGAAUUCGGAUGAGUGGAAGGCUAUCAGAGCUUAUGAUCAAAUUCCGGAGUUUCAGGUUAUGCCAGCGGAGAUGCGGAAUGUUGGCUUUCUCAUGAAAAAGCCAGCUCAAGUGCCACCUCGUCGCUCAGAUCCGAUCAAGGCUAUUGAAGCAGCACGGAACGCCAAGAACUAG